AUGGCCCAGGGGACGUUUCAGGAGGAUGGCUUCCUGGUGCUGGAAGGAUUUUUGUCAGCGGAUGAAUGUGUAGCCAUGCAACAGAGGAUUGGCGAGCUAGUGGCCAACAUGGAUGUCCCUCUCCACUGCCGCACGAUAUUUUCCACCCAGGACGAGCAGCUGAAGGUCCUGGACAACAGAGACUAUUUCUGGGACAGUGGCGACAAGAUCCGAUUCUUCUUUGAGAAAGGUGUUUUUGAUGAGAAAGGCGAUUUCCUGGUCCCUCCCGAGAAAUCCAUCAACAAGAUUGGCCAUGCUCUGCAUGCCCAUGACCCUGUCUUCAGGAGUGUCACACACUCUCCCAAAGUGCAGGCCUUAGCCAAAAGUCUGGGCCUCCAGAUGCCCGUGGUGGUGCAGAGCAUGUACAUCUUCAAGCAACCUCAUCUUGGUGGCGAAGUCACCCCUCACCAGGACGCCACCUUCCUGUACACGGAGCCCCUGGGCCGGCUGCUGGGCAUAUGGAUAGCACUGGAGGAUGCCACGCUGGAGAAUGGCUGCCUCUGGUUCAUCCCGGGCUCCCACACCAGUGGGGUGUCGAGAAGGCUGAUCCGGGCCCCUGCUGGCUCGAUGCCUGUCACCAGCUUCCUUGGGUCUGAGCCUGCCCGGGAUAACAGCCUCUUUGUGCCCACACCAGUGCGGAGAGGGGCCCUCAUCCUAAUCCACGGAGAGGUGGUGCACAAGAGCGAGCAGAACCUCUCGGACCGCUCACGCCAUGCCUACACUUUCCACCUCAUGGAGGCCUUGGGCACCGUCUGGAGCCCGGAGAACUGGCUCCAGCCAACAGCUGAGCUACCCUUUCCCCCGCUGUAUGCCUAA